UUUUCCCGAUGAUUGUAAAUCACCUUCUCAAAUGCUGGACACAAGUUUACGAGCAGAUGGGAGUUAAUUUUAGAUCGUUGUGUUAAACUGCACAUGUUUAAACAGCUGAUCGCCGUGACCAAUGGUAUCGAAGCAGUUGGGCACCGUUUUCUAGGUCGUGUUUAUUUACAUUAGUAUCUUUCAAAACAAUAAAUCGCCGUUCGACGCAACAGAUCGGUAACACGAGUGUAGGUCAAUAAUUAGUCUCGUCGAUGCCGAGACCCGAUAUGUUCGAGCAUGUCAACACGCAAAACCCUCCAUUAAUUUGUACUGUCGUCGUGGACAGACGCCACUCGUUGGCAACGGUUCAAUACGCAGAAAAGUAAUUUAAAAGCUUUCCUUCCCCUGCCAUGUGACCCAUCUGCCCGCUGCGUAACAAAAUAAACGGUCUGCAAUGUCUGGCUGUUGACAUGGCCAAGGACUUUAAUCGAAGCAGAAAUAUGUACGCAUACAUGAAGUACGUAAAGCUCAUGCAUUUCAAACAUUCUGAACAAAAUGCGCGUAAGACGUCGUUAUACUCUGCAUGACUACGACUACGAUGCAUCAGCUGCUAAGUCGGCUCUGAUGCAAUAAUGCUUUCUUAACAACAUUGCACAUGACUUUCGGUAUCUGUUGGCUACUGUCCAAACAGCAAUCUGUACAGCAGGGUGCACCUGCUCUGUGUGGGUAUUUUUUUUGUUUAACCAGCUUCCUGGUGAUGGGUUAAGCAUCAUUUUCUACCAGCUGAUCGAUCAGUCGAUCUACGUCUGACUUACGAUCAGCACAUCAUGCUGUAUCAGCGGAAACGUACGCGUAAAGCCAUAAACUCUGCAGCGGCCAGCCGACGGUGUAAACAGCGGAAGUCUCAUUAUAGAAUUGAUUUCGAACACUACGACAACCACUUCUUUGUGCUUCCCAUUCACAACAAGAACAAAUGGUAUCGCGGAUGCAACAGACAGAUCAACCAGGAAUGGAAGCGAAUCCGUAACGAGAAGCUGAAAACGCUCGAGCGCAGUACGGAGAUGCCGUCCAGUCUAAUCAUUGCCAGUGCUCAGAACGAUCGCGUGCAGGUGAUAGCGCUGUGUUCCAUCUCUAAAAUUCCAUCCUGCGCCAGACGCUGCCUGCUCGAGGUGAUAGUGACGCAGGAGUAUCUGUACUACCUUAACAUCGAGCACAUCUUUGUGGCGCUACGCGAUCAGAACGUGUUUCGAUCGAAGUUUCGGUUCAGCUUCACGCGAACGUUAGCGUACGGUGAGAUACUGGAACGGACCGAGCGUAAGGGUGUGUCCAAAUUUAUGCUCUCGAACGAACCACAACAGUGGGUGGUAAAGCAGUACGAAUCAUCGGAGGAAGAGUUGUACGCUCAGCGACAAAAUUGUUACUACUACUAUUACUACAACGAGGAGGAAGAUGACGACACGUACCAGGAUUAUUACAGCUGUAAAAAGCGAAUUGCUUAUGAUGGCCCACCUCCACCGACUUCGAAUGAACCGUACUUUGUGGUACCGAUUCAUCGGCAUCCGGAGCUGAAGGAGCAGUGCGUCCGAUUGAUCAACACCGAGUGGCCCCGCUCGAGAAUGGCUCGAUUUUGGAGCUUCGAAACAUCCACCGAUACACUUCCGAUCACGUUCGUACUGACGCAGCUAAUCGACGAAACGACGACCGUCCUCGGUCACGCGAAAGUUUCGCCAGUACCGGCAGACGACACCUCGGCUUAUGUGGAAUCGGUCGUAGUGGAUUAUCGCUAUCGGGGCCGAGGAAUUGGCACCUACCUGAUGGAAGAGAUUGAAAAGUACUGCAAGGUAGUGAUGAACAUUAACCACAUGUACAUUGCCACUGAUGGGCAGGAGGUGUUUUAUGCCAAACUGGGCUACAUCUUCUGCAAGGCGAUUAACAUUUUCGGUACCCGGUCGACGCGGAACACCGUCAGCAAGAAGCACUGGAUGCGGAAGGUUCUCUCCGACUGGGAACCAUACCCGAUGGGCUACGGAGACGAGAUACCGAGCGAUCCGGUUGGAACCGUAGUGGAAGUAGACGUUGGCCCACCGCAGAAGAAGCUGGGCGUCGAUGAGCUCAUCUGGAACAUUCGCAACAUCGUGUACAAUCAGACCAACAUGGUGUUCCGAAAAAGCAAGGGCGAUGAAAUAAUGUACGAUUUAUUGCUUAAAAUGCAUGCUAUUUAAAACAAAA